AUGCUGAGCCCUAACGGAAUUGUAAUGGAACAGAUGUGGGCAGAAAGUAAAUGUACUGUAUAGACACAUGCUGUCAAAACAAUGUAUUUUAGCCCAACUUUUUGGGAUGAAGGACAUGUCACAAACUAAUAUAAUCUAAUAACUGUUUCCCCCUGCAGCAGUAGACCUAAACCCAAAUAAAACAGUGCAUAAAAAAGGACAAGAAGCCUUUUCAUAAAGCCAUCAGAUGAAUUGUUCUGAUAUGAAUAGUGUUGCAUCCCAAUUGGCAUGCUAUUUCCUAUAAAGUACAUUAUUUCUGACCAGGGCCUAUAGAGCUCUGUUCAAAAGUAAUGCACUAUAUAGGGAAUAGGGUGCCAUUUGGGACACAGCCCUGGGCCCAGAUUCACAAAACCUUCUUAAGAAGAAAUGUCUUCUUAACUGCGAUUUUUUCCAUAACUAUAGACUUAAGAAGAAAGUUAAGCAAAGUUGCUAUUACUCAAAAAGGUUCUUGGUAUUUUUUUUGUGCUAUUUCUUAUGUUUCUCCUUAAGAAAAAAGUGAAGAAGAAAUUAGAUUUUUGAAAAUAAAGUUAUUGGAAAUGUUCUUAAUUCCAAGAUAGCUAAACCCUUGUCUUAAACUCAGGGCAAUGAGAGAAAAAGCUCAUGAAAGCAAUUGAACAUGUUUAAUUCACUCACAAACUUCAUCUGAAAGUUUCAGUAUUGAUUAUUUUAAACACAAGAACAUGUUUUAGAACCGUAAUCUCAUUAAGAAAUAUGCUAAAAUGAUUGCCAUUGCUAGCUAGAUAGCUAGCUAAAACGGUUGCCUAGCAACAAACAUCUUAAGAAGAUUUGUAAGAAGAUAUUAGAGAAGUUCGUAAGAAAAUCAUUAAAUCUUAAGAUGUUGUUGAGGAAUUGCACUAUCUUCAAAAAAAGUUAAUACGUUUUUGCAUAGAAGUGUUUUGUGAAUCUGGGCCCUGGUCUCUCCUAAAACAUCCAUCCGUUCCCUCUCCUGUGAAGAGAAAAUAAAAUAAGCUUCUAAUGAGUUGCUGCUGGCUCUGGUCUGCAUAGUCAUGAGCUCUAAUUGGCUAAAGGACCUGACAACAGACACCUGUAGGGCAGGUGUGGUCACGACCUUUCAGAGCACUGUCCUGUGGACAUCCUCACUAACGGACACCUAAACAGCAGGAGGGCUGUGACCUCUGGUUCCAGUUGUGUUCUUUCCAAUAUGUGUACGUCGGUAAUAAAUGGGCCAGUCGUACGCCCGCCACACACCAAAGACGUGCGUUGUAUGUUCACCUAGUGUUUGUACCCUAUAAUUGGCAUGUUUAGUAUUCAUUUUGCUUCUCAAUCUCUGCAAAUUGGCAACUGUUGUCAAUUUACAGGGUAUUUUCUUGUAGUAUUAUCCAUACAGUGAGCUCCAAAAGUAUUGGGACAGUUGUUCAUUUGAAAUGAUACAAUGACUAAUUUCUAAACGGUUCACCCGAUAUGGAUGAAAACACCCUCAAAUUAAAGCUGACAGUCUUCACUUUAACCUCAUAGUCAUUGUAUCAUUUCAAAUUGCUGGAGUACAGAGCCAAAACAACACAAAUGCGUCACUGUCCCAAUACUUUUGGAGCUCAUUGUAUGUAAGGUAGAUAUGCGUAUUGAUUUCAGUUUAACAUGAGAACAAAGAAGGCAUGCAAAUGUGUGAGUCGGUGCAUGUACAAUAUGUGUGUUUGUCCCACAAUAUUUUCCCUGUAUUUCAAUUUUUGUGUCUUCCUGCGAGACACACCCUUCAUCAGUACACCGUGGUGUGCAGUACAGUACAAUACAACAGUCAAAUUCAGCAUCUUGUGUUUUUUACAAUAUUCUGAGCAUCAGUCACAUUGUAAAUGAAGGCCUCCCGUCUGCCCCAUGCUGUGUGGCUCUGAGUAGAAGCAUUGAUCCACAGCUUUGAAGCACUGUCCUCCACAUGGGGCAGGCAGAAAAUAGAGAUCAGGAAGUGUAGCGUUCUUUCCUUCUCCUCCAGGUCCAAAGUCAUCCAUUAUUCCAACCAGACCAGCCUUCAAAGGCCUCCACUUCCGCCCGGUCCACCGCCCUUAUCAGAGUGGGCAGCAGGUAGACUUGUGGUUAAGAGAAGUGGGCCAGUGUCCAAACAGUUGCUGGUUCUAAUCCCCACAGCGUCACGGUGAAAGAUCUGUCGAUGUGCCCUUGAGCAAGGUAUUUAACCCUAAUUACUCCUGUAAGUUGCUCUGGAUAGGAACAUCUGCUAAAUGACUUAAAUUAAGUGGUGGAUAGGUGACUGGAGAGAACUGAAGUGGUAAAUAUGGUCAUUUGGAAAGGAACCUCCUUUUAUUGACGUUUAGACUUCACAGUUGAGUUGAAAAGUAUCUUUACAAAGGCACCCUGUAGCUAUUCCACAUUUCAAAUGUAGCAGUUCAGGGAAAUGGUUUGACAAGAAACUGAUAUUUUUGAUAAUUCAGAGAUCACAGAACUUUGAUGCAUAUUGAAGCAUGUGGGUUUGUAUGUCAGGCCAAUGGGUGAAUGAGUGAUUUCCUCAUAAACUCACAUGUUUACUGUCCAGUUGAGAUCCCAUUUUUCAAUUAAUUUCUUAUUUUCCAAGCCACUUGUGACUUGAGAAAUGGAUGAAAAAAAUUAACAUGAUCUAAAUCAAUCUAAUAUCUUUAACUAGAGGUAGAUGGGGUGUUCCAUUUCCCCUAUACUGUUUGUGGUAGCUUUCGAGAUCAUCCUGAUCAGAGCAAGACAAGUGGUAGGAGGAGUUAAAUUACAAUCUGGGCAGAAACUACCGCCACUGUGGAGCUACAUGUGUGCUGAGGACUGCAGUAUAUACAUCCAGACUGUUGGAACGACUGGAUGAGCUAAUAACCUGGACAAGGAUGAAGAUCAAACCUACCAAGUCAAGAAGCAUGUCACUGUGCAAAGGGAUCAGGAAUGACAGAAUCACAUUUGUUCUACAUUUACAUUUUAUCAGGCGCUCUUAUCCAGAGCAACUUACAGGAGCAAAUAGGGGUACGUGCCAUGCUCAAGGGCACAUCAACAGAUUUUUCACCAAGGGGAUUCAAACCAGCAACCUUUCGGUUACUGACCCAACGCUCUUAAAUGCUAGGCUACCUGCCGGUGUGUGUAGCCCCACAAUAGGCGGAGAGACCAUACCAAAGAUAGCAGAGCAACCCAUCCGAAGCCUGCGGAGGCAAUACAAAGCAUAUCUGUCGGACAGAAACAUGGGAAAGGCUUUCCUCAAAUAACUCUCAGACGGCCUGAUUGAUGCAAAGCCAGCUACCCAAAAAGGACAACACGUAGUGAUACCAGUUCACGCUGUACCAACGGGUAAUGUGACCACUGAAGAUGUGUGAAAUCGUUUAAUCUACGGUGAACAAGUGGUGGCACAAGGUCAGCAGGGGUGCUGGACAGUGUGGGAAAUGUGUUGUCAACAGGACUGUCACCUGGUCGGACGUGUGGAAGAUCUCACAGGCUCGCAUCAGAUUUCUGAUAAGAUCCACCUACAACACCUUGCCCUGCCCUUGGAACCUGCACCAGUGGUAUGGCACAGAGACAGCCUACAAGCUUUGCAGCAACACCAACGCAAGUCUCCAGCACAUCCUGUCAGGCUGCAAGACUGUGCUGACACAGGGUCGAUACAGGUGGAUGCACGACCAGGUGUGCAGGAAGCUGGCGUAAGUGUUUGAGGCUAGGAGGCAGGAGGUGAAUAGGGCAUGCCCACCCCAAGCAUACAAGCAGAUCACCUUCGUCAGGCAGGGAAUGGAAGCUGAACGUAACAUCAAGAGGUCACCUCCAAAAUUCCUCACACCAGACAUGGAGUGGAGCAUGGAAGUUGACCUCGGCAAGCAGCUCCAUAUCCCGAGGGAGAUAAGCAGCAUGUCACUACGACCUGACGUCUUACUAUGGUCAAGGGAAGCCAAAACCGUGCUGACCAUUCCUAAGGAGGAUGGGGUGGAGGCUGCCCAUGAAAGGAAGUGGCUGAAGUACUCAGAACUGGCUACGGAGUGCAAUCCCAUCAUCUACCCCGUGGAA